AUGCUGGCCACCCUUCCGAUUUUUCUGGCUUUGUUGCUGAUCUUUGAAGUUGCGUUUUCCGAUGCGUAUUCAAGUCACCGGAAUCGGCAAUUUUCGCUGGGAAAGUCAUCUCCGUCGAGGCUCAGGCGCGACGGGCCAGAUCACGAUCCGCCAUUCCGGAAAUGCGGCAGAAUGCUAGGCGAAGAGCUCAAUAACGUCUGCAACAACAGGAUCAAGGGGAGAUAUUUCGCGCCUGGGGAAAAAACACUCGCCGACAUGUGUUGCUACCAGAAGACAUGUACGAAGGCAUACUUGAAGACGUUUUGCGACCACAGUCCCGAUGCUUCAGAAACUCCAAAUAAUCUGUACAGCGAUGAGGAGCUACCCGUC